AUGCCCCCCAGGGUCUCCCUCGGCGCCUUUCUCGCCAACGCGAGAUCGGCCCUGACCGCGCCCGCCGCCCAACGAGCAAGCCCCUUGACCCUCGUCGUGGGCAACGAGUCCGCAGACCUCGACUCCCUCUGCUCCGCCGUCGUCUACGCCUACCUGCGCACGCACGCCCCGCCGCACACGCUGCACAUCCCCAUCUCGAACCUCCCCCGCGAUGACCUCAAGCUGCGGCCCGAGAUGACCGCCGCCCUGGCCCACGCCCGGCUGCGGCCGAGCGACCUCCUCACCCUCGACGAGCUUCCCGCCGACCUCGCCGCCGAGGACACGCGGUGGGUGCUCGUCGACCACAACGCCCUCACCGGCGACCUCGCGUCCAAGUACGCCAGCAGCGUCGUCGGCUGCGUCGACCACCACGCCGAAGAGGACAAGGUCCCCCAGGACACGGGCGACGAGCCGCGCGUCGUGGAGAAGUGUGGCAGCUGCUCGAGCCUCGUGGUGGAGUACUGCCGCCCGGCCUGGGAGGAAGCCCUCGCCCGCCGGCCCAGGGAUGGCGGGGAAGACGCGGACACGGACGCGGACGUGGACGAGCACCUGGCCCGCCUCUCGCUGGCGGCCAUCCUCAUCGACACGACGAACCUCAAGUCCGCGGACAAGACCACCGACAGGGACGUCGCCGCCGUCUCGUUCCUCGAAGGGCUCACUCCCGCGCCGCCCUAUGCGCGCGACGCCCUGUUCGACGAGAUAUCCGCCGUUAAGGAGGACAUAUCCUCGCUCGGCUUCCGCGACGUGUUCCGCAAGGACUACAAGCAGUGGGAGGACCGCCGCCAGGUCAUGGGCACCUCGGCCGUCGUGCGAAACCUCGAGUACCUCCUCCUCGACAAGGCCGGCGGCGACCAGAGCGCGCUGCUGGACGCGUUCAGGGAGUGGGCCAGGGAGAAGGGGCUAGACAUCGGGGUCAUCAUGACCACGGCGAACCCCGAAGGCCGCUUCGAGAGGGACCUGCUCCUGUGGGCGUUUAACGAGGCCGCCGUCGAAUCGUGCAAGGCCUUCUACGAGGGGUACAAGGAGGAGCUGGGCCUGGAAACGUGGGGCGGCGGCCGGUUGGACGAGGCGGCCGGGGGGGAGUGGAGGAUGGCCUGGAGACAGAGGAACCUGUCUUCCUCGCGCAAGCAGGUCGCUCCCAUGCUGCGCGAGGCCAUCAAGGGCGGCGGCACGCGGCUGUGA